UGCUCCAAGCCAUCAGCAAUCCUUAGCAUAGGGGCACACUCAUGCAUUCCUGUCAAGUCAUCUUGUGAAAGGCUGCCUGCUUCCAGCUUGGCUUGGAUGUGCAACCUUAAUAAAACUCACUGAGGUCUGGGAGAAAAUAGCAGAUCUGCUGCAGAUAGGGUAGAGGAAAGGGUCUAGAAUAUGUGCACGCAGCUGACUCAGGCAGGCUCAACGCCGACCGGUUACACAGAGAGGAAACAAUAAAUCUCAGCUACUAUGCAAUAAAUAUCUCAAGUUUUAACUAAGGAAACUAUCAUUACAGUGAAAUAAAAAAAAAUAUUUAGAACAACAUUUUAGAACGAAGCUAAGAAAUAACUAGUUUUCUAUGAUUCUUCUUCAAAAACAUUCUUUGAGGGGGAAAAGUCAAACAAGCAAGCAGUUUUACCUGAAAUAAAGAACUAGUUUAAAGGUCAGAAGAAAAGAAGCAAGUUUUGAGAGAGGCACAGAAAGAAAGUGCUGGCAGUACAAUGACAGUGUUCCUUUCCUUUGCUUUCCUUGCUGCCAUUCUGACUCACAUAGGGUGCAGCAACCAGCGCCGAGGUCCAGAAAACGGUGGGAGAAGAUAUAACCGGAUUCAACAUGGGCAGUGUGCCUAUACUUUCAUUCUUCCAGAACACGACGGGAACUGUCGUGAGAGUACGACAGACCAGUACAACACAAACGCUCUGCAGAGAGAUGCUCCACACGUGGAAACGGAUUUCUCUUCCCAGAAACUUCAACAUCUGGAGCAUGUGAUGGAAAAUUAUACUCAGUGGCUGCAAAAAAUUGAGAAUUACAUUGUGGAAAAUAUGAAGUCGGAGAUGGCCCAAAUACAGCAGAAUGCAGUUCAGAACCACACAGCCACCAUGCUGGAGAUAGGAACCAGCCUCCUCUCUCAGACUGCGGAGCAGACCAGAAAGCUGACAGAUGUUGAGACCCAGGUACUAAAUCAGACUUCUCGACUUGAAAUACAACUGCUGGAGAAUUCAUUAUCAACGUACAAGCUGGAGAAGCAACUUCUUCAACAGACAAAUGAAAUCCUGAAGAUUCAUGAGAAAAACAGUUUAUUAGAACAUAAAAUCUUAGAAAUGGAGGGAAAGCACAAGGAAGAGCUGGACACCUUAAAAGAAGAGAAAGAGAACCUUCAAGGCUUGGUUACUCGUCAAGCAUAUAUAAUCCAGGAACUGGAGAAACAGUUGAACAGAGCCACCAACAACAACAGUGUCCUUCAGAAGCAACAGUUGGAGCUGAUGGACACAGUGCAUAGCCUUGUCAACCUCUGCACUAAAGAAGGUGUUUUACUAAAGGGAGGAAAAAAAGAGGAAGAGAAACCAUUUAGAGACUGUGCAGAUGUAUAUCAAGCUGGUUUUAAUAAAAGUGGAAUCUACACUAUUUAUAUUAAUAAUAUGCCAGAACCCAAAAAGGUAUUUUGCAAUAUGGAUCUUAAUGGGGGUGGGUGGACCGUCAUACAACAUCGUGAAGAUGGAAGUCUAGACUUCCAAAGAGGUUGGAAAGAAUAUAAAAUGGGUUUUGGAAAUCCCUCAGGUGAAUAUUGGCUGGGGAAUGAAUUUAUUUUUGCCAUUACCAGUCAGAGGCAGUACACACUAAGAAUUGAGUUAAUGGACUGGGAAGGGAAUCGAGCAUAUUCACAAUAUGACAGAUUCCACAUAGGAAAUGAGAAACAAAACUACAGGUUGUAUUUAAAGGGUCACAGUGGGACAGCAGGAAAACAGAGCAGCCUGAUCUUACAUGGUGCUGAUUUCAGCACUAAAGAUGUGGAUAAUGACAACUGUAUGUGCAAAUGUGCCCUCAUGCUAACAGGAGGUUGGUGGUUUGAUGCUUGUGGCCCAUCCAAUCUGAAUGGAAUGUACUAUACUGCGGGACAAAACCAUGGAAAACUGAAUGGCAUAAAGUGGCAUUACUUCAAAGGACCCAGUUACUCCUUACGUUCCACAACCAUGAUGAUCCGACCUUUAGACUUUUAAAGGAACUAUUAUCAAAAGGAAUUAGAAAAGUAACAGGAAAUCUGGAGAAACUGCCAUAUGAGAAACUGCUUGGAAACAUUUGAAGCAAAUAAUGUUGCCUCCCUUCCAGCAAGAAGUGUCAGUUAUGUGAAGUCACCAAUGUUCUUCACUGUUGAUUUGUAGCCUUUUGAGUUUACUGAAGUCUCUACUUGGGGUUGCCACAUUCGUAUAACGUGACUACAGAGAAUGUCACUCACUGUCAUACUUUAAAAAGGGAAGAAACUGCUUGGCUCACUGUGCUUCAAACUACUACUGGAUCUUGUAUUGGAGCUGUGUAGUGAGAUGAUAUGGUUAUUUCAUGUAAAACUGAAAAUGACGAAGAAAAAAAAGGAAGAGGAAAAACAACUUGAGUAAUAGGAACCAACCUGCCAUAAUCCUUUGAAAAAGAUGCAUCACACCCAUGAAAGAGUUUCUUUCUAUGCAAACCUACUAACAAUAACUUUAUCCUACUGCAAAAUUUUAACAAAAGGUCAGGAAUAACAGCAUUGCCCUCUGAGUUGGUCAAAUGUUAAUGGAUUUCAGAAGCCUAAUUUUUAAAUCAUGCUUACAAGUUGAGUUCAGUUAUCCCAUCUCCAAAUGUAAAUUUUUGUUAAAUCAUAAUGAAUUACAGGGCAUGAAGAAUAAUGCUGUUAGGUAGAAACAUGCUCCAUUAUUCCAAUCAAGUAAGGAUACAAUGAAGUAAGGACAUAUGAGAUGAAAAAUUACCCCUCACCCCAAUGGUAAAGUUUUCAUUUACUUUAAAAACUGACUGAUAUAUAAAUAUGUAUUUAUACCCUGGGUAAAGUUUAAAGAAUGUGAAAUACAUCAUCAAUUCCUUAAAGUAAUAUACAUUCAUGUAAUAUUUCCUUUGAUAUUAUACAUGAAAGCAGUAUUUUAGAGUGUAUUAAACUGAAGUAAAACCAAGUAAACUGGAGCAGUUCAACUACAGUAUCUUCUUGCAUGUGUGCAUUUAAAUGUAAUUUCCUUAUUUUUUAAAUGUUUUUAUAUCUUCCAUUCUUCACCCUAUAACUUCAUGCUAAUUUAAUUUUUGCAAAUUAAUUGAAACAUGCUUUUCAGAUUCACCCUGUUCCAGUUUCUAUAACAAAUAUACUUUGAAGUCUGUGGCAAAUAACGGAAGAAUUAUAAAUAUCAUUGUUCAUAGCAUGUUUAUAUCUACCAUGAACCUAAUAGCUGUUUCAUCUGGAAUAUACAAUCUUGUUCUUAACUGAUGCAAAUAAACACAAGUUUUCAAAGAGAUCUACUAUACUACUUUAUGAAAUACAUCACUUCCUCAUAUUUUUCCUCCCUGUGAUCAGGCUCUGUUUUCAGAAACAAUUUAUGAGUUUUAGAAAUUACUGAACAAAAUUGGCAUAAGGGAAACACAAACAAAUUCAUCAUAGUCACCUGACUUAAACAUAUCUGGCUGCUAUUAAGCACUUAAUUAUCCUGUGGGAUAAUCUGUUUUAGUUGAGUUUUUGGGCACAGACUUUUGUGGCAAUUUGAAAUUACUACAAUUUUUUAUCAGUUGUCAAAUGCUUUCUGUCUGUUAGUGUUCAGGAUUAUAGUAGUGAACAGUUUUGUUUUCUUUGUUUUUAACUAAAACAUGAGUUAUUAGGAGAAGAGAAAAAAAUUAAGUAUAUAUUGGGUCUCCUUUAGAAAAAUGAAAGUUCUCUUCAAGGCAGCAAUACCACUUUCAGAUCUGGUGACUGAAUCUAUUGUGUCUUUGUGACUUGCCUUCAUUUGAGAGAAAAAAGCUAUUCACAUUUGGAAGAAAAUUAUUAUUAAAUUUACCUUCAAUUCUUUAUAUUUAUACAUCUGUAUACAACCCUAUUUUACCUUACAUGUGAUUUUGCAGGUAUUUUACAUUUUUCUAUUCUUGAUCACCCCUUCGUAGCACUAUGUAGUCUCUUCCUUUUAAAACUUCCUUGAUUGUUUUCGUUUAAGUAAAUGAAAAUGAGUGCUUUGUUAUUUGUGUGUUCUUUUAGAUUUUUAAAAUCAGUCUUUUAAUAAGUAAUACUAUUUCCCAACUCUUAUUACAAAAAGAAAAUGAAAUAAUUGGGAAAAUAUGAUAUUUACUGUUUUGCUAUCUGGGCUUGAAAAAUGAAAUAUUUCCAAUUAUUUAUAAUGAAGCUGUAUAAGAUGUUUUAUGACUCCAUUAUGUGCAUUGCGUAAUGCCUACAAGUUUAUGGACAUUUAACAUGUAUAUCAUUUGCAUUUAAUUAUUUCAGGAUAAGAUAAUUAGGUAUUAGGAUAUUGUCUUUAAAUUUUUAUUUCAAUAAAACUCAUGUGGUUUCUUUUCAAAUUGCUUCACAUCAAUCCCAGCCUUAUUUGAUUUAAAUAAAACUGAACAUUACAUUAUUUGUGCAACUUUUUUCUCAUUUUAAAUAGCUUGUUCACAAAUUUAGAAAUUAGUGGUUUGGGCCUCCCUGGUGGCCUGGGAUUAAGUCUCAGAGCUAUCACCACCACUGUGGCCUGAAUUCCAUCUCCACCAGGGAGCUAAAGCACAUAUGGUGCAGCAGACCUCUCCUGUCUCACCCUCUGCUCACCUUAGCAGUGUAUUUCAGUAAAUCUGCCUGUUCUGUUCCCCACUGUGUCUCUGGUGAAUCCUCCCUCACUCCCCCACGCCCCGGCCGGCCUACACCCCAGUUCUUUUGCACACAAAAAAAUAGAAAUUAGAGGUCUAUGGAAGUAUGGAAUCGUUGAAAAAACUAAAGCAUCAAUCUUUGAAAAACUUUCCAUCUGUGUGUGAAAAGAAAACUUAGCUCCAUUAGAAUUGUAGAUCAGAGCUUUAGGUCUAAGUCCCUCAUUUCUACUGUAUGAUUGUUAUGUCCUGCCAGUUAUUAAGUGCUAUGCUAUCAUAUCACAAUUGAUAAUAAAUUCUGGGGAUUCUGAAUGUGGGAUAGGAAGAUUGUAUUGAAUAUCAUUGUUUGGUAUGAAAGGGAGAUGCUAUCCCUCAUUAUUUCAGUCCUGUAAGAGGUCUUAUCAAUUCUGUCCUUAUAAGGAAGUUUCUUGCCUUCACUCCUUGAUUCUGCUCCCACUGUUUCCACAUUGAUUCAGACUUUUGUUAACUUCCAUCUACAGGACUGGUAAAGUACUCUUUCUCCUGUUACUCCCUGUUCCUGUUCACCCCAUAACAAUUCAAGUUUAUUCUUUUUUUUUAAAAAGUUUAUUCUUAAAGCCAGACUUUUGAUCAUGAUCUUCUCUGCUCAAAACCCUUCAAUGGGGCCUCCCCUGGUGGCACAGUGGUUGAGCGCUGGGCUGAGAAGCUGCCCGCAGUCUCUGUAGCACUGGUUCGAUCCCUGGGCACUGGCGAGGGUCCCACAUGGUGUGCAGACCUCUCCUGCUGUGCCUGCUGCUCCCCUCAGCAGUGUAUUUCGUCUGCCUGUUGUGUUCCCUGUUCUGUCUCUGGUGAAUUCUCUCACCUCCCGUACCUCUGAUCUGUACCCCGAUUCUUGUAUAAAUAAAUAAAUCUUUAAAAAAGAAAACCAAAAAACCCUUCAAUGUUUCUUCACUACUGCCUGAUUUUGUAACAGGUAUGUCAGAUUAACCCCAGUCUUCAUUGCCAGAGAGCUCCACUCGAGCUACUCAGUUUUCCUAUCAAAAUGAAGAAGGCUUUAUAGAAAACUAAUUGCAAAAGCCAUGCCUGUCUUCCACCUUUUUCUAUGCAUGCCCUCACAUUGUAACUUUAAAGCUAAUCCUAUAAAGAGAUGAUAUCCUUUUCCUUGCCCCCUAAAUAGAUAGCUUGAGAUUUGCUGUAGCCAAUAAUAUCCAGAAGAAACUGUGUGCUACUUCUUAGCCUAGGUCUUAAGGGCAUCACCCUACCUUUGCCAGGAGAAAAAGCCCACAGUGGCCUAAUGGAGAAUUGGGGGCACAGGAGGCAAGGCUGACUUUAGCAACGGAGACCAGCAUAAUCCAACCAGUCCCAUGAAAAUCCACCAGAUGACCAGAUAGAUGAGUGAUCUCAGCUAGAUCAACUGAGCUUGAUUCAGAAGCAGAAAUGCCCAGUUAACAUACAUAGUCAUGAAAAACAUGAGAGGUUGUUAUGCUACAACAUUUUGGGGUGUUUUGUUAAAUAUUAAUAGCUAAAUGAUACAAAAUGAUAACUACCCCUUAACCCGUCUCCCUAUGCCCACCCACAAACACAUAGGAUUCCUGGACAUCUUAAGGUUUUGGAACUAUUCUAUAAAAUGAUGCUCUCUUCCUUCAGAUGGGCAAAAGUUUUAACAAUCCUUUUAGUUCAUCAAAAUAUUAAAAGGUGCCUUCAUGGCACCUUUUCUGCUGUCCUCUAUAAUUGGCAUUCUCUUUCUACUCACAUACUCAUAGCUUUUGACACAUUUUGCUUGAGCUUUGCCUUGUAUUUCCUCCUGGUUUGUAAGAGGCUCUCUCAUUCAUUUUGUAUUCUCCACAGUUCUUCAUAAACCCUUGUUAUUUGCUGAAUGGAAUUCAAUUUCUCUAAAAGAUUAAGAAAUCUCUUUACCCAUAUAAAAUUUAACACUCAUUAAAUAUGUAAUGACUGCAUUCCUAAGCCAUUAAUUUCUCACACUAUCAAAUUAGCCCAUUACCUUCCAGAAAAAGUUGUCCAAAUUUAUUAUCUUAAUUAUCUGAGAGAUCCACUUUGUUAACAAUUCUGCUGGAAUAUCUGUAGUGUGAUAUGGAGGGAGGUGUAUAUGCUUUUUUAAUUUUAAAAUUAAUUGGUGAAGGAAACUCUAUGGGGACUAUACCUGAGGAGGCUGGGGGAAGCAAAUGUUGUUUAAAAAUGAACGAUGGUGUAAAAAAAAUAAAAUAUUAAGAGAAUAAAAUAAAAUA